GUCUCUUUCACUUCCCUCCUUCUCUCUCUCUCUCUCUCUUUCUCUUUCUCUUCAAUUCCUUAUAAACCCAAACUCCAUGUCAUUACCAAAUCCUCUACAUCUUUUGCCUUCUCUAACACCUAACUCAUUCAUUCUUCUGCAUUGUUAACUUAAUCCAAACCCCAAAUCCCAAACUCUUCAGAAACCCAUCAACUUCCCUCUGAUUCAGGAACGGUGUUCUUUUUGCCAAAAUGGGGGCGUUCUUUUCCUGCCCUUUUGCUAGAUACGUUGAUGUGGAAAAUGGGUUGGAAUCUAUCACUGUGAAAUCCAUCAGUUUUGGAGACGAUGAAGUGAAAACUCCGGUGCGAUCUGUCAGUUUCAAUGGUAGAGAUUUGGAGCCUAUGAUAAUGAAAUCGGUCGGUUCGGGGCGGAUGAUGUUGGAAACAUCUGUUAGCUUCAAAGGUAGAGAGUUGGAGAAGAUGGUUUCAAUGGAGGGAGUAGCUGUUCCACAAGAGGAAGAAUUGAAUGUUGUAGCUAAGAGUCCAAAGAGCAAAGAAAUGGAGAAGGAGAUUCAAUCUCCUAGAUCAGAGAGUCACGAUGGGAUCCAAACGACAACGGACCUCGGUCCAACGAAUCCAGAGCAUAUUGCAGCAAUGAAAUUGCAGAAGGUUUAUAAAAGCUUCAGAACCAGGAGGAAGCUGGCAGAUUGUGCAGUUCUUGUAGAGCAGAGUUGGUGGAAACUCUUGGAUUUUGCUGAGCUCAAGAGGAGUUCCAUAUCGUUUUUCAACCUUGAGAAACAUGAAACUGCCAUUUCACGGUGGUCCCGAGCGAGAACGAGAGCUGCCAAGGUUGGAAAGGGUUUGUCCAAAAAUGACAAAGCUCAAAAGCUUGCUUUACAGCACUGGCUUGAGGCUAUCGAUCCACGGCAUCGUUAUGGCCACAACCUACAGUUCUAUUAUGUUAAAUGGCUUCAUUGUCAGAGUGAUCAACCCUUUUUCUAUUGGUUGGAUAUAGGAGAAGGGAAGGAAGUAAAUCUUGUUGAAAAAUGCCCCAGAGCAAAACUUCAACAGCAGUGUAUCAAGUACUUGGGUCCGCUGGAAAGAACAGCCUAUGAAGUUGUUGUGGAGGAUGGGAAGUUCAUUUACAAGCAAUCCAGGGAAGUCCUACACACGACCGGAGUCGAUAAGCACGUGAAGUGGAUAUUUGUUCUCAGUACCUCUAGAUACUUGUAUGUUGGCAAGAAGCAGAAGGGUACGUUUCAGCAUUCAAGUUUCUUGGCUGGAGGAGCCACAUCGGCUGCGGGGAGAUUGGUUGUCGAAAACGGCAUCCUAAAGGCUGUUUGGCCUCAUAGCGGUCAUUACCGUCCCACAGAAGAAAAUUUUCAGGAAUUCAUCUCCUUCCUUACAGAAAACAAUGUCGAUCUCACUGAUGUAAAGAUGAGUCCUGAUGAUGAUGAAGACAGUGUACUAAAAAUGCAAAAGAGCAGUCUUCAUGUUCGAAUCGGCUCAUCUGAGGAAGAUUGGGUUCAACAGUUGAGUGGUGGUCCGGAUGAUGGCACUGCAGAGAUCGUUGUUGAAGAAACUGCUGGCAACAAAUCAGAUUUGCCAGAGCAAGAAACAUUGUCGUCGACUAUCGAACGAUCUGAGCCAAAGAGGUUAAUCAAUCUGAGUAGGAAGUUAACCAAUCUUCAUAUACCAAAGAAGAGCAACCUGCUCGAGAAACUCAAUAUGGAAAACCAAGAAAUGAGAUCCGAAACGUUUGGUUCGGAGUCAGAUACCGAAGUUCCAAACGAGAACUUGUUAGAAGAUGAGAAUGCAAGCUGUGAGGUAGAGAUCAUUCCUGAUGAAUCAAUACUCAAAAGAAUAAACUCACACAAAGAAACAAAAUCAUAUCAACUGGGAAAGCAGCUAUCUUGCAAAUGGACAACUGGCGCAGGCCCCCGAAUCGGGUGCGUUCGCGACUAUCCUGUCGAGCUUCAGCUCCGAGCUCUGGAACAGGUGAGCUUGUCGCCAAGAAAGGCAGCUGCUCGGUCCGGUUUUCAAUGCUCGCCUCGAGUUGUCAGUCUGUUGAGCCCAAGAGUGUCUAAGCCAAUGGAUAUGAUUCACCAAACUAAUACACAAUCUCCUUCACCUUUGAUCAAGGGAACUUCAGCAGCAGACAUUGGUAGUGAAAAUUGAUUCCUAAUUGUUAUUAUUAUUAUUAUUAUUCAUUCAUUCAUUAUUUGUGGAUAGGAGAAAAUAUGACACACAUAUUUCUUAUUCUUUUCUUUUUGAAAGUGUAAAUAAAUCUUUGUAGUAAUGAUCAAUGUUUCUUGUGAUAAAUGAGAAGAAAUUUGAAGAACACAUGAAACUAUAUUUAGAAGCAGAUGGAUAGAUGCACAAUAUGUAAUGUUUCAUGAUAUGAUGUGAUAUUAUAUG